GAUCUCAAGUUUAAAUUUCUAGAAACGGAGGUAGGACAUUGUCCCAACUACAAAAUUCGUAGUUAUGCCCAAAUCGCAUGCUUUUUCACGGCACCAGGGAAGAUGUUGAGGAACACGAAUUAGUCCUCGGCUUCUUCUAUCAACUGCAAAUAUGUCUGGGUCUGGAAGAGUGCAAGUUUGUCAUGCUUGUCUGGCAUGAGUCUUAAAUCUGUGAUGCAUGAGCAGGAAAAGGGCCUCUUGCCUGUCAUGCAAGAUGAACGCAGUUUGUCAUGCGAAAAACGAAACACACAGCAGCGCAAAAGCUUGUCAUGUUGGGCUGCGUAUUGCAGUGCGCCAACAAUUCUUAGAUAUGCAUCACAAGUUUCCAGACCCAGACAUUUUUGCAUUUGAUACUUCUUCUGUUCCGCAAGCGAGGGCUGCCGUUGUUCGUAACGGUUAUGGCGAUGAGGGCCCCGCCCUCGACUGUAGUAACAGCGUUUGUGUUUCACGAUGUCGUCGACUGGGAAGAGGCUCCGUUCUGCAGCGACGCCGCGUGGCGAAACUGUAUGAGCGCCGGGCCCUUUCUGACCCGCGGCGCGUUCGAUAUCAAACGCAAAAAUGUCUGGGUCUGGAAGGUUGCAACUUGUAAUGCUAGCUCUCCAUACGACCUUGGAAAUUUGUAUUGCAUGGCAAACAAAAGUCGCAGCCUCUUUUGCACAUGCAAAAACGCAGUUUGUAGUCUUGCGGAUUUGCUAUGAGAAAGCGUUCUGAAAUAAAGUUGUCAUGCUGUGUCACAUUCGGAACUGUUUCCAUCAUCCACAUUUUAGCAUCACAAGUUUCCAGACCCAGAUACUUUUGCAAUGCAUAUUCGAAGGAAAGUAUCGCAAGAAAAAACUGUUUCACUGUGAACUUGUGAUGCAGAAAACGAAACGCCAAAGUGUUUGUCUUGCUACACCUGCAAGACAUCCGAUUUGCAAGCGUGUUUUCCCUUGGGAAGCGCGCAUGGCAAAUUUUCUGUCUCGUGUGUAACAAACUUGUGAUGCAGAUAUCGCUAAGUCACAACAGUGAAACAGUUUUUUCGUGGGAUAGAAAGUUGCGAUUCUUGUGUGAAACGUACGACCACGUGGUUUCCGUCCAGGAUUUUUUUGCGCUAUCAAAUGCAAAAAUGUCUGGUUCUGGAAGAAUUGGAACUUGUGAUGCUAGCUUUGGUCUCUAAAAAAAUCAGUAUUGCAUGACCAGCAAGAGGAGUCUAGUUUGUGCUACGCGGGGAGGGCGUUUUGUCAUGCGGAGUGGGCAUCAGGAAGUCCCCCUCUAAAAAUCUGUGAUGGUAGGGCAUGCAUCACAAACAAUCCUGGGUCAUGCAAAACAUGCAUGACAAGUCUUAGAAUCUUCCAGAUCCAGACAUUUUUGCAUUUGAUAUGCGCUAUUUGGCAAAGACCAUCUGCCAGCGUCCAAACAGCAGGCGGCCGAGGACCAAACCGAAAGCGAAAAUAACCGGCAAUUGGCGCACGAAACAAGUGGUGGCCGCAGAGUCUGCGUCCUGA